AGAUGGAGGAAGGGAGAGGUAAAAGGAGUGUGAAUUCAGCCGACUGUAGUUAACCUCCAAUGCAAGGGCUUCAAAGGACUGAGCGAGGCUGGGAAACUGACAGUGGAACAUUAUUUUUCUUGCAGCUAUUUUGUGUAUGAAGGACCUGGUUUGCUACCUUCCUAAUUUUGCAGAAUGGUGGGACUCUCAUCCAUUGCUGAGGAGGCAGUGGAGGUGCUGGUUAAGGAGCUGGGUGUGCUGCUGAAGAUGCUGGACCAAGAGAAACUCAGCAAGUCCACCCAGGAGAAGAAAGCCUCAGUGUGGAACCUCUUACAGCAGAUCCAGACAACAGAAUCAGGACCAGACUACAUCUACGUAAACUCCUCUGUCUACAAAAAUGGGACAAGUUUUGUGGAGUCUCUGUUUGAAAAAUUUGAUUGCGAGCUCGGAGACCUAAAGGACGUUACAGAUUAUCUGAAAGAUGACAAGAAGACACAAGAUGACACUUUAAAGCAGAGCUGUACAGACUCCCCUCCCCCACUGCCCACAACGCCUCCUCCUGAGGAUUACUAUGAGGAGGCUGUGCCCCUUAGUCCUGGCAUGGCUACUGAGUACAUAAUCACACGAGACAGGCCCAGCCCUCCCAACUCUAUAGAUGAUGUCUAUGAAGAUACUGACAACCACUAUCUGGCUACAUCCAUUAACUCGCACCGCAAAAACUCCUACAAUGACUCAGAUGCUCUGAGCAGUUCAUAUGAAUCAUAUGAGGAGGACGAAGAGGAGAGGAGCCCUGGUGUCACUCAUCAAUGGCCGUCGGAUGAGAGCAACAUACCUCCUGUCAGAGAUUGUCGCAUUUGUGCAUUCCUGCUGCGUAAGAAACGAUUUGGCCAGUGGGCCAAACAGUUCACAGUUAUCCGGGAGAACAGACUACAGUGCUAUAAGAACUCUAAAGACACAUGUCCCUACGUGGACCUGCUGUUGCCCCAAUGCUCUGUCGUCUAUGUACCUAAAGACAGCAAAAAGAAGCACCAUGAGCUGAGGUUCACCUUACCUAAUGGAGAUGGGCUGGUGCUGGCAGUUCAAAGCAGGGAACAGGCUCACAAGUGGCUAAAGGUUGUCAGGAAGGUGAGUAGUCAAAGCGGACCACCCGACAAAGCCGCGUCUCCCAACACUCAGAGGAAAAAUGAGCUUGACAAGAGGUUGUCUGUAGACAGAAACACAUCUGAUUCAGACAGCGUGGGUGUUUCAGCUGUAGAGAACAGCAAAGAGAAUGUUAAGGUGAAACGAGGAGCUUUCGCUGCAGGACGUAAGAUCACACGCAUCAUCAGUUUCUCCAAGAAGAAGCCAUCUCGGUCGGGUGACUCCCGGACAUCCUACAGCGACCCUCGACAAGGCUACCUGUUGGUGCUGGUGAACCAGGUGUGGCGAGAGCACUGGUGUUGUGUGUGCAGAGGCUCCAUGCACUUCUACCACGACCGGGGGGACCCACGGACCUCCCUGCCAUCCCUUCCACUGAAUGGCUGUGAGGUGGUCCCUGGGCUUGGACCUAAACACCCCUUUGCCUUUCGCAUCCUCCGGGACAGCACGGAAAUGGUGGCUCUGGAGGCAAGCAGCUCUGAUGAACUUGGACAGUGGCUCGGCGUCAUCCUUGCGGAAACAGGCUCUGCCACAGACCCUGAGUCCCUGCAUUACGAUUACGUUGACGUGGAAACCAUCGCACACAUUAGGGACGCCGCUCGAAAUUCCUUUCUGUGGGCUACCUCCUCCAGCAGCACCUCCACGGAUUCCAGGACAUACGAUGAGGUCCCUACUGAGCACGCGCAGUCAAGGGAGAAAUCAGGGAAUCAAGGAAAGCGACACUCGAGUUUCUCCCACAGCGCCUUAGACCAAGCCGAGUCAUUAGUUUCCCUGAAGCGAACAGGCUCAAAUACCAACCCAUAUGGAAGGUAUGGGAAAACACGAGCGGAGGAAGAUGCCAAGCGUUACCUCAGAGAAAAAGAGGAGCUGGAAACAGAGAGGGACGGAAUACGAAACGCACUGGUGACACUCCGACAGCAGAAGAGAGAGCUGAAGGAAGAACUUAAGGUGGCCUCAGCAGAUAGGAGAAAAUCCUUCCUGAAAAAGCAUGUGUCCCAGCUGGACGAGGCUUGCAGGGGCAAAGAGGCCGAGCGGGUGGAGCUGGAACUCAGACUGUCGCAGGUCAAAGAGAACUUGAAGAAGAGCCUGGCAGGCGGAGCACUGGGUGCACCUGUGGAGGCCAAGGUGCCUGUCAAGGAGUCAGGCAAAAAAAUACAGAAUGCCUACAGUGAUUCUAUACCGGUGAACUGCGCCGCAGAGAUGCGUAAGAGACCUCCGUCAAUUUGUGUUUCUUCUGCUGGAGUUGUCAUGCAGAAAGCCAAGGAAUGGGAGUUAAAGAAAAGAACCUAGAAGGGGGUUUUGUUGGAAAAGACUGAAGUAAAUGGAUUUCAGGGUGUGGCUUUUUCCAUCUUCUUUCUUUAUGAGGAUCAUCCACCAAAUUUAUCCAAAAGCCCAGACUUUCCAUUCAAAUGUUAGGACAUUUGUCAAAAUCAACACAUAAAUCAACCACAAGGUGGAGGUAUAUUUCCACUGAAUAUCUGCUCUUUGGAGCCCUGAAAAGGACAACUUGGAAAUUUCUUGGACUGUUUACUUUCUGUAUCCAUGUAUUUUUAUUGUCUUGAUGGCACUGACUGGGUUAAAGAAAAGAAAGAAAGGGAGAGUUUAUUCGACAAAGGCACAAGAUACGUGUACUGAAAGCAGAGGAAGUGCAUAAAAUGUAGAGUUGAAAGGCACAGAUUAUGAAAAAGUGUAAUGAUGUGCAGGCCAAACCUAACUAAUGUGAUGUUUUGGAAAGAGUUUUACAAUUGGGUGCCUUUUAUGCUUCAACAUGUUUUUAUUUGUUUUCUUCAUGUAUAUAGCGAACUACGACUACUGUUUUUGUUUUAUUCUGCAUCAGUCUUUCAUGUGCAUGCAGCAUUGUGCAAAAGUUUUAGACACUAAAUGUAGGGCAUUAGAUAUUUGUCGUUCUAUUACAGUCACAUGCCUGAAAAGAGCUGUGCAAGGUACUUGGUCAAGAUUUAUGCUUCUGCUUCUGCUUGUAAGCUCAGACUCAGACUCCAUGAUGCUAAAAUCACAUGCAUUUUAACAGAAGUCAUCUUUUCUCUUGUGGCGUUUAAUGACUUCACUCAGGCCCAAUCUUUACAGCCACAUAUAGUGUCUGAAACUUUUGCAUAUUACUUUUCCAGACAUGUUAUUUGGCAGUUAUGUCACUUGGAGGAUACUUACUGUAUUUAGUAGCUUCUGCACUCAGGUUUAGGCAGUACCACUAACUGAAACACUUUGCUAAAUGAUUAUGUUCAAGCAGCCUUGGCCUUUUUGUAAGUAACUGAAUGACUAACAUGGUGGUGCUACUCAGUCUUUCCCAAUUCAGGCAAUAUAUUUUUUUUGGCAUUUGAAUACUUUCUGUCAACUUUUGCACUUUACAUAAACCUGGAUGAGGGUCUAAUAAAUUUACUUCUCACUGCAUAACCAGUUAAUUUUUUUAAUUAUUGUAAAACACAUAAACGUAGCUUUUUUAUUAAAAUGCGUAGUUUUUUUUUAAUUAAAAUGCACCUGCAAAUAGUUACUUUUUCAGUUUAAUUGCACGUCAAUGUUAUAUAGCCUCAUAUAGCCAAAGCAAGAAAAAAGCACAUUUAUAUGAUUUCUUUAAUAAAGGCAUCAAUGCAGCACA